AUGGCCUAUGUGUUUGAAAUCCUGGAAAGCUGGCAAGACGGUGGUUUGUACUCAAAACAGUGCAUUUUCUACUGUUUUUUCACUUCCUAAGAUUUCAAGUGCUGCGAAAAAACAGAAAAUGAGCCAAAUUUUUCGAAAAUGCCUCAAUUCACAAGUUUUUCAGACAUUUUCAUGAAAAUUCAUUUUGACGAGGAGAAGUGGCCACCACGUGGUAGCCAUGUGGCCGUGACCUAGAGCCUGGCCACCUUGCCAGUGAAAAAAAACCGGGCGACAUGGUUUCCAUGUGGUUCCCAGGUCAGCCAGCCUCCCCACCUGGUGGCGAGCUGGCCAGCGAAUCUCUGAGUUGUUUUUCAAAAAUUUACUUUGAAAUUUUCAAAAAAAAAUUCACUGUUUCAAGAAAUUUAUAUCAGAAAUUUGGUUUUUUCGGAAAUGUGUUGUAAAAAUUUUGACAAAAACCGAUUUCUAGUUCGUAAUUAACUUGAAACAUUGAAUUUUAAUUGCAAAUUGUAAAUUUUAGCUGAAAAACUUAAGUCAUAGUCUGAAAAUAGUAAAAUUCUGACUAUUUGAUAUUCUCAGAAAAUUUACUGUUUCAAGAAUUUUAUUGAAAAAAAUUGGAUUUUCCGGAAGUUUGAUGAAAUCGUCUUGAUUCAGAAAAAAAUUGAUUUUUUUUCCAAAACUCUUCAAUUUUCCAGGCUCAAAUGGCUUUGGAUUCACCGUAACUGGCCGCGAAACAGCAAAAGGCGAACGACUUUUCUACAUCGGAACUGUAAAACCUUAUGGAGUUGCCCAAGGACAUUUAAAAUCUGGUGAUCGAUUGCUGAAAAUCAAUGGAGAAUCUACAGAAAAUUUGAGCCAGCUGGAAAUUGUUGACCGGCUGAAACAGGCGAAAAUGGGGAAAAUCCAGCUGAAAAUGCGAAAGCUGGCGAAGAAAUAACCCUAGAGAUUCCGGAAAAUGAGCGAUUUGAGCUGAUUAUUCCACUGAUUGAUAGUGGCUCGGCUGGAUUGGGAGUUAGCCUUAAAGCGAGGGUUUCGGUGAAAUCGGAUGGAGCAAGGAAUGAUUGUGGGAUUUUUAUUAAGAUUGUGAGUUGGUUUGGGGCCAAAAUUUGAGUAAUUCUAAUUUUUCGGGGCAAGAAAACGCUUCAAAACCUUUUUUGGUGAAAUUUUGGUUUUAAAAUUAAAAUUUUCACAAAAUUCGACCUUUUGAACACUCCGGUACUAAACAAUUCGAGAAGAACCCAUUUUUUGAUGUUUUUACCCUAAUUAUCAUUAAUAUCCCGAAAUUUGUGGGUUGUCUACCUUCAAAAAUCAACCUGAAAUCAAAUGAGAAAUUUAAAAAAUAAAGAAAUCAUAUAUAUAUAUUUUUGAUAAAAAUCCAAGCAAUAGUCAUAUUGUUUUUUCAUGAACAAAAAUUGUGAAAUCCAAUUUUUGAAACAGCGAAUUUUUUUUUCAAUUUUCCAACAAAAAAUUUCAUAUUUUUUUCAUCAAUAAAAAUAUAAAAUUCAUCAGCUUUUCAUCAAUAAAUCGAAAAUAUAGGAAUUAUUGCGAUUUUUAAUCAGAAAAAUUGAUGUAUUCACUUGAAACAGUGAAAAAUUGGAUAAUUUUGAGAAAAACUCCAUUCUGAUAUAAUCAUUUUCAAACAAAAAAUUGACAAAUUCAAUUUUUGAAACAGUGACUUUUUUUUUAAAUUUUCCAACAAAAAAAAUUCAUAUCUCAGUUUUGUAUCGAAUUUUUGACAACUGAUAGCUUUGGAGUUAGCAUAAGUGUUUUCUCACAAAAUUAAUUGGGAAGUGUGCAGAAAAAAAAUUCAAAGUUAGUAUUGUCGAAAUUGAAAAAUGUGGCUGCCGUAAAAAAUGAAAAACAAUGCAGAACUUAAUGAAUGAAAACAACUGGACUUCGUCAGUCGCGUGCGGCUGUGCGGCGCGGUCGAAAAACAAUCAGUGAUUCAUUCUUUCCUUCCAUUUUCGACCGCGCCGCACAGCCGCACGCGACUGACGAAGUCCAGUUGUUUUCAUUUAUUCAGUUCUGCACUGGUUUUCAUUUUUUACGGCGGCCACAUUUUUCAAUUUCGACAAUAUAACUCACAUGUAAUUAAUUUUUUAGACAGAACAAUUUUGAUAUUGUAUUUUUGAAACAGCGAAAUUUUUUGAAACAAAUUCUGAAAUUUUACCAAGAUUCUGAGAUCUUAUUACUUUUUUACAAAACAAAUUUGAAAACUUCAUUUGUGAAACAGUGAAUUUUUCCGAAACACAUAAUAGAAUUACAAUUGCAAAAAUCAUCAUCUAUUUUUAAUUGAAAUAAUUCUGAAACAGUGAAUUUUUCAGUUGAUGCACGGUGGAGUUGCUUUCAAAGAUGGUCGGCUGAAAAUCAACGACAGAAUUGUUGGAAUUGAAGAUAUUGAGCUGGAAAGUUUGACAAACUCAGCAGCCAGUGAAUCAUUGACAAGAAAAUUCAAAUCAAUCGGACCAUCUAUGACACAUGUCAACUUGUCGAUUAUUCGAGAACCUUCUAAGAAACCUGGCCCGAUUUCAAGAUAUUCAUCGAGAAUUACAACAACUUCGCCGUCGAUUUCAUCAUCGAUGUUAUCACCGAUCACAGUCUCAUCGGAGUCACAACAUUCGAGACAAAGUUCGAAAGAAUAUGAGACGAUUUUGGAGAAUCCGACCGAUGAUCCGUUUGUUCGAGAAGCGCCGGGAAAGAAAGAGUUUGAGUGAAAUGGUGAGGGAUUUUUGGGGUGGGGAGGCAUUCAAAAAUAAGAUAUUGAAAAAAUGUUGAACCGAAUUUUUAAUGUGAAAAUUUUGAAACAGUGAGAUUCUCAUAUAAAAAGUCAACUUUUCAUUAUUAAAAAAAAUUUUGGAACAGUGAAAACACCAAAAUUUCACUGUUUCAAGGUUUUUAUGUAAAGAAUGUGUAGUUUUUAUUUUUGAUCGACUGUUUUGAUUAAUAAAAAAAUAUAGAGCUUCAUGUUGAACUGAAAAAAUAUUCUAUAUUGGAAAAUUAAUUUGAGAUUUCUGCAGAUUUUUUUGUGAAAUACCUGGAUUUUUCUCUAUUUUCCGAAAUGAGAACUUUUUUACUUUUUUAUUUCUCACGUGUUUUUAAUUCAAUAAUAAUUUUCAUUGUUGAUGAGUUUAUUGAAUAAAACAAAAAAUUCUAGAGCUCCAUUUCUAUCCGAAAAAAAAUAUUCAAAAAUUGAAAAUUAAUUUUUCAUCUAGUCAAAAAUUGAUAAAUUUUGAAACAGUAGAUUUUUUGUGUUGAAAAUCCUAAUUUUAAAUACAGUUUUUUGCAAAAUUAAAAAAUUUCAAGGCUUCGCUUUUAUUUUUGAUAAUUUAUCUUUUUUGUUCGACAAAAACACUUUUUGAGUUAUUUUUAUCAGAAAUUUUGUGCCGAAUGUUUUUCAUAUUAUAAUUUUGAAACAGUGGGAUUUCUGAAUUUUUCUCUAUAUUUUUCAAACUGAGAAAAUUCACUGUUUCAAAGUUUUGAUGUGAAAAAAUGGUGUACAUUUUAUUUUCGAUAAGGAAACAUACUUACCUCUUUCAGGAAUCUGAUACAGAAAAAUUUUGCCCUGAAAUGAGGGGAAUUUGACAGUUUAAAAAAAUUUCGCUCUGAAUUUUGGCUUGUGGAAAAAAUUUCGACCUGCAAUUUCAGGUUCUGAAUGUGGUAUGUAAGCAAACUUCCCUCUCGGAUUUUUUAAAAAUCAAAAUAUAAUUUUUCAACUGAAAAAUUAGUAAAUUUUGAAGUAGUAAGGUUUUCCGAAGAUUUUUGUGAAAUACCUGGAUUUUUUUCUAUUUUUCAAACUGAGAAAUUCCACUGUUUCAAGGUUUUUAGUUGAAAAAUGUUCUAAUUUCCAUUGUUGAUUGUUGAUGAGUUUAUUCAGUAAAGCAAAAAAUCUAGAUCUGUUUCACUGUUUCAAGGUUUUUAUGUGAAAAAUGGUGUAAAAUGCAUUUUUGAUAACAAAACAACUGAGAAAUUUCACUGUUUCAAAAUGUUUAAUUAAAAAAAAUUCAAAUCAUUGUUUUGAAUCAAACUUUUGAUAAUGAUUGUCAUUAAAAAAAAAAUAAAUUUCCAACAUUAUUUUCAGCGUGGAAUUGGUGCUGCAACUGGAGAUCCGCAACAUAUCAAAUUAUUCCAGGAAAUCAAACAUCAACGACAGAAUUCCGGUAAUUUUUUCUCAUUUUUGGGUGAUUUUUCUGGCUUUUCCCCCUUUUUCCAGCCAUUUUUCACUAAUUUUUGUUGUUUUUCCUCCCCCAACCUCGUAUUUCUAGCCCCGCCCGCUUCUAUUUCUCGAUCCGCCGCCGCAAAACGAAGCAAAUCACAACCGUGCUUUUCUCGCAACGGAAUUAUCAGCGGAAAACGGAAGCUGCUGAAAAUAUUCCGGAACCACCUUCCGCGUCGACUUUGCCCCCCUAUCAUCUUUUUUUAGGUCAGUUUACUUAUGUAUUUUUCCGUAAUUACAAAAACCGUAGUUUUUUCAUCAACUUUUUUACAGAAACUUCACAAUUUGGUGGCAAUUUGGGCGAAUUCGAGGAGGACAUCAAUGCAGGUAAUUUUUUGAAAAUUUCCGCGCAAAAACUGUUAAUUUUCAACUUUCAAAUUUUUUAGCACAGAAAUCUUGA